AUGUCAAGUUUCAAUAAAGCCACUUGCUAUUCACACACGAGUAAAGAUUACUGCGAUUUCAAGUGGGUAAUAAGUGAUUACACAUUAAUUUUCACUAAAGAAACACAAAUAAAAUCGCCCAUAUUUAAUGUCGGUAGUGAUCUAAAGAAAUUUCAAUUGCAAUUGAAUACUGGUACUAUGUAUGUUGAUAGAUAUAGCAAUGCUACUUCAAGAAUUUUAUAUCUUCAACCCAUCAAAACGGAAGAAGAAUCAAAUGAGAAAUACAAUCUAGCAGUAAAAUAUCAUCUAUCAGUGAUUAAGGAUGGAGAAAUUGUUCACACCCGAAUGGACUAUUGGAAUUUCUCAGCUGGCGGAAGAAAGACGUUACUUGAAAUCAAGGUAAACGAAAUGAAGAAUUAUGUUUCAUCUACAGAUAGCAUAAUUUUUCAUUUAGAAUUAACAGUUUCCUCGGGAAAUGUAAUAGACUCAUUAAAUAAUGAACCGAUUAAGAUGGACCAAGUGUUAACAUCAAAACUAAAAUUUGAUUGGGCAUUUCGUGAUAAAAAAUUCUGUGAUGUCGUGUUAAAUGCAUCUGGUAAAGCAAUGGCAGCUAAUAGACUCAUGCUCGCUGCUGCCAGUCCAGUGUUCAAGGCCAUGUUCAGCCAUGAUAUGCAGGAAAAGAAAUGCCUAUUAAUUGAUUUGAAGGAUGUUAAUUACGAAGCUUUGGAUAAGAUGCUGCGAUACAUCUACACUGGGAUAGUAGAAGAACACGGAAUUUCCUUAACUAUUGAUCUUUUAGUAUUAGCUGACAAGUAUCAAAUAGAUGAGUUGAAAACUGAGUGUGAGAAAAUAUUAAGCUCCAAGUUGUCAUCUAAAAAUGUUUUAGAUAUUUUAAAAGUUGCCGAUAAAUGUAGCAUGAAAAGCUUGAAAAAAAACGCAGUUGAUUUUAUAAAACAUCAUAUCGGCGCUUCUUCAGACUCUGAUGAUGUAGGUAAUAUGAUCCUCAGUAUGGAAUUACUUAAUUCGACAUAA